GACAUCUCAACAGCGGACAACGCUAAACAAAAAAAACCUUGCUCAUCAUACAAACAGUUCCUGGAGUACAGAAGCUCAAAGUCCAAAGAGCGUCAGUCUUUUAACUAUGGGCCGAAUGGAAGAAUGGCAAAGGACAGAAAACACGUCCAGAUAAACAUUGGAUUGAUGGUGCCAAAUGGAACUGAUGGAACUGCUCUGAAACCUCUAAGAGGGAAAACACUCCCGUUAUUUGUAGACCCAGAAGUAGCAGCAUCUGAUAUACUGAAACAAGCUGUCCAGAAAAUGAGAACAUUUAACAAGGACAUGCAAGAAGGACCGUGCGUCCUUUUGUAUCCAGACUGCUCAGAGGUGGUCCAUGUGCCUGGGUCAGAAAAGCCAUUCAAAUUGGCAGAGUAUAAAAAGGAACUAGGAAAGCCAUAUUCCAGGAUCACCUUUUUCAUCUGCCUAGAAACACACUUUCAAGGAGCAGUGGAUGAUACCUCAGACUCUGAUUCUGAAAUUGUCAUUGCAUUAAGGAGCACAGCUGAAUUCAAUCGAGCAGACACUGUGGUUUUUGAACCACAAAACCAGAGUACUCCCAAACACAAAUCUAAAGAAGAAAGAGAUGCACCAGGACAUUCAGCAACAAUUCAGCCUGGACAGAUAGUAAUAUCUGAUACUGAUGAUAUGGAUCCACCUGAAACAAAUCCAGACAAGACUUCUUGCUACAGUAAAUACACAGACCUGUAUGCACCAGGUGUGGAGGAAGAGGAGGAGGAGGAGGAGCUGGUUGCAGUCAAUGUGGAGAAUUUCCAACACACAGCAGUGUAAAAUGAGCUUUUGACAGUGGCAUUCUAGUGUUUUCAUUGUGCAGUAUUUCUGGCAUUUAAAUAAUUUUUGUAAAAGUGGCAAAUUGUGCACUGGCUGAAAUAUCUAUUAAUUAGAUCACUUUUGUCAUUACAGGGGAGAUGAACAUUACACUACCUGACAUUGUGGCAAACAUGUCACUUCCUAUUGAUCACAAAAGAGUCAGCAGGUUCAA